GGGUUUUCCUCUCGCGCCGCCGCGGAACACCACCCAGUCGAAUCCCCCCACCCGCACCCGGAGCAGAGGAGAGAUGGCGGACAGGAAGGGAGGAGCGGCAAGGAAGGAGGAGGUGGUCACCAGGGAGUACACCAUCAACCUCCACAAGCGCCUCCACGGCUGCACAUUCAAGAAGAAGGCACCCAAUGCCGUCAAGGAGAUCAGGAAGUUUGCACAGAAGGCUAUGGGCACCACCGACGUCAGGAUUGACGUGAAGCUCAACAAGCACAUCUGGAGCAGUGGAAUCAGGAGCGUGCCACGGAGGGUUCGUGUGAGGAUUGCCCGCAAGAGGAACGACGAGGAGGAUGCCAAGGAGGAACUCUACUCCCUUGUCACGGUGGCUGAGAUCCCUGCUGAGGGCUUGAAAGGGCUGGGAACCAAGGUCAUUGAUGAAGCUGAUUAAGCUAUCACAUCUUAAGCAUCUUUAGAGAGUUUUUAGUUUGUAUUUGCAACAGCAAACCUUUUGUAUCCAAAGAAGUUUUGUGCUCUGGUACUGUGAUCGACAUCACAAAGUUGUCUAUUUCCUCAAUCGAAUUACAUGGCUAGUUCUUUUGUUUGUGCUGCAUCCAUUUCUACACUAUCGUCCUCUGAAGUAGCUGCUCACAGGACAAAGUUUGGAAAUCUCCAUUUGUGGUUUUUACA